AUGAUUUCCUCAAGCGAGUAUGGGUCUCACUCCUGGGAGCUUUUGGUGACAGCUGAUCAUCAGCAUGAAGAGGUACAAAAGGAAUUUAUACUACAGGUCACAGGGGACCUUCAUAUUGGAGGACUGAUGCUGAAACUAGUAGAACAAAUCAAAAUACCACAAGACUGGUCAGACUAUGCUUUUUGGUGGGAGCAAAAAAAAUGUUGGCUCCUGAAAACUCAUUGGACGCUGGAUAAAUGCGGGGUACAGGCGGAUGCUAAGCUACUCUUUACUACUCAGCACAAAAUGCUGCGGCUUCGCUUGCCAAACAUGAAGACCGUGAGACUGAAAGUCAGCUUCUCUUCCAUGGUAUUCAAAGCUGUCAGCGACAUCUGCAAAAUUCUCAAUAUUAGACGGUCAGAAGAACUCUCUUUGUUGAAGCAAUCAGAAGACACACUCAAAAAGAAAAAGAAAAAAGACAAGAACAGCAAAGAACCACAUACAGAAGAUAUUUUAAACCUGUGCAACUCUCCAGUGAGUUCUGGAUUAUCAGGAAGUCCUGGUUUAUACAGUAAAACCAUGACACCUGUUUAUGACCCAGUCAGUGGGACACCAGCUUCUUCUACAAUUACUUGGUUCAGCGACAGUCCCUUGACUGAGCAGAACUGCAGCAUCCUUGCCUUCAGCCAAACCAACUGUUCUCCGGAAGCACUAGCAGAGAUGUACCAGCCUCGGACUUUAGCAGACAAAGCCAAACUCAGCGCAGGCUGGCUAGAUUCCUCUCGAUCGCUUAUGGAACAAGGCAUUCUGGAGGACAAUCAACUUCUUUUACGCUUUAAAUAUUACACUUUCUUUGAUUUGAAUCCAAAGUAUGAUGCAGUGCGAAUAAACCAAAUAUAUGAACAAGCCCGCUGGGCCAUCCUGUUGGAAGAAAUUGACUGCACAGAGGAAGAAAUGUUGAUCUUCGCUGCACUGCAGUAUCAUGUAAGCAAGUUAUCACUGUCAUCAGAGGCACAAGAUUUCACCUGUGAGUCAGAAGCAGAUGAAGUAGAAGCUGCACUUUCUAACCUGGAAGUGACACUGGAAGGUGGAAAUACAAAUAACAUUUUGGAGGACAUCACAGACAUCCCGAAACUUGCUGAUAAUCUCAGGCUAGUUAGGCCCAGGAAGCUGUCACUCAAAGCUAUCAAGCCAUACUGGUUUGUCUUUAAAGACACUUCAAUAUCCUAUUUUAAAACCAGGGAAUCUGCACAGGGGGAGCCUAUUGAAAAACUCAACCUAAAAGGAUGUGAAGUUGUACCAGACGUCAAUGUUGCAGCGAAGAAGUUUGGGAUCAAAUUACUGAUUCCUGUUGCUGACGGCAUGAAUGAAGUAUAUUUAAGAUGCGAUAACGAGAAUCAAUAUGCUCGGUGGAUGGCUGCUUGUGUUUUAGCCUCAAAAGGUAAAACAAUGGCUGACAGCUCAUAUCAUCCUGAGGUCAACAAGAUCCUUUCAUUUCUAAAGAUGAAGAACUGGACCAUGACUCCCCAGGCUGUCUCCGAUCCAGAAAACAUAGAUAUGAAGCCAGAAUGCUUUGUCUCACUACGUUACACCAAAAAAUACAAAUCCAAGCAGCUGGUUGCUCGUAUUCUGGAAGCCCACCAAAAUGUAUCCCAGAUGACCCUAGUGGAGGCUAAGCUGCGUUUUAUUCAAGCAUGGCAGUCCCUUCCUGAGUUUGGCUUAUCCUACUACGUUGUCAGAUUUAAGGGAAGCAAGAAGGAUGAUGUACUUGGGGUGUCCUAUAACAGGCUCAUACGAAUAGAUAUAGCCACAGGAGAUCCUAUCACUACAUGGAGGUUCUCCAACAUGAAGCAGUGGAACGUGAACUGGGAAAUACGCCAGGUUGCAAUCGAGUUUGAUCAGAACGUGUCCAUUGCUUUCACGUGUCUGAGUGCAGACUGCAAAAUCAUCCAUGAGUAUAUUGGGGGCUACAUCUUCUUGUCAACCCGUUCCAAAGACCAGAAUGAAACACUGGAUGAAGAUCUGUUCCAUAAAUUAACUGGAGGUCAGGAAUGA